UAGUUUUUCGAAGCAUCAACAACAUUAACAAUCGUGCCUGAUUUUAAGCGUAUCGACUUGUUUUAGGAAAAUUUCCCGUUUUUAUGUCAAAGUUAUUUUGAAAGUAAAAAAAGAAAAAACGUAAAAAAAAGAGAGAAACACGACCAAUUUCCGCUGGGUUAGGUGCUGGAUCUGCUGGGAAAGACUUGAGGCCACUAUCGUCCAACAAUGCCCGUCGAGGAGAAGGUGUUCUUUGAGGACCAGCCCGGAAGGAAGUUCGAUCGGUGCAUGGCCAAUGGCAUUGUCAAGGGCGGCGGCGGCUUUGUCGUGGGCGCUGUCAUAUCCCUAUUAUUUCUGCGUCGGCGCGUUUGGCCGAUCUUGCUUGGCACUGGAUUCGGCUUUGGGGUGGCCUACAAGACGUGCGAAAAGGAUUUGGAGUCGUUCAAGUAAACUCUUCAAGGGAUUCUCAAGAUUCACAAAAUUCAACAAUGCAAGCACACACACACACGAACACGCACACACACACACAUAUACAAAACUUUGGCUGUGUACAUAACUAUGGCAUUCUAUAUGUAAAGAGAUACAUAUAUAGACAGAGAAACAGAACAAGAGCAAACGCGUGCAACGAAGGCGAAGGCAAAGGCGAUGGCUACGGCGAUGGCGAUGGCGAUGGCUACGGCAAGGGAGCGACAGCGGGAGAGGGCGAGCGUGAGCGAGAGCGAGAAGAUGAGCAAGCAAGCAUGUCACUCACAGCAUCUCUGCACUGUCAGCCAUCUAAGUUUUAUGUUGUAGCUGUUACUUGUUGGACUGCCAAUUAAAAUUCAAUAAAAAAAUACAUGCAAUUCCAA